AUGCAGGUGGUGAAGAAGCUGAAGCCAGAUGCAGAGUUGUUUGAUAGAUAUAGCGUUGUGAGGGGUUUGCUAGUUGGGAAUUGCAGCAUCAUGGACCAGCUUCCUGUUGAAGUGAUUGGGAACAUUCUGUCUCGCUUGAGGGCUGCACGAGAUGUGGUGAUAGCCUCUGCAACAUGCAGGAAAUGGCGAAUAGCGUGCUGCAAGCACCUUCAUACCCUCUCCUUCAGCUCCAAAGAUUGGCCCAUUUAUCGAGAUUUGACGACUACCCGCCUUGAGAUUUUGAUCACACAAACCAUUUUUCAGACCUCAGCGUUGCAGGCUCUCUCCAUUUUGAUGGAAGAUGUGGAUGAAUUCUCGGCUUCAACGGUUACUGCUUGGCUCUUGUACACCAGGGAAACUUUGAGGCAAUUGCAUUAUAAUGUCAAGACUAUGCCUAAUGUUAACAUUCUUGAAAUAUGUGGCAGGCACAAGCUGGAAAUACUAGAUCUGGCUCAUAAUUCCAUUGUGGGGGUUGAGCCUAAUUAUCAGCGAUUCCCUUGUUUGAAGUCUCUUUCCCUCAGCUAUGUCAGUAUAUCUGCAUUGGAUCUGAAUCUUUUGGUAUCUGCGUGUCCCAGGAUUGAAGGUUUGGAGCUUGUCAAUCCUGAGAUUGCAAUGUCUGAUGCACAGGUGACUGUUGAAUUGAGUAGUUCAACGCUGAAGAGUGUGUAUGUAGAAGCAAUCAGUUUGGACAAGUUUAUUUUAGAGGCUGAUGGGCUUGAGACCUUGCACUUAAAAGAUUGUGCACUUGAGAUUUUUGAACUCGUUGGCAAGGGGACCUUGAAGAAUUUUAAGAUUGAUGAUGUUAGUGUUAUACAUCUUGAUAUUGGUGACACAAUUGAGGAUCUUGAAACUGUGGAUAUUAGCAACUUCACAAUUAUAUGGCCAAAGUUUUACCAGAUGAUUUCAAGAUCAUCAAAUUUAAAGAGGCUUCGACUUUGGGAUGUGAUGUUUGACGACGAGGAUGAGGUGGUGGAUUUGGAAACAAUUGCAACUUGCUUUCCUUACCUGAGCCAUUUAUCUCUGAGUUAUGAUGUGAGAGAUGGAGUCCUUCACUAUAGUUUACAAGGCUCUUCCUAUCUUGAGAAUGUGGCUGUCUUGGAGCUUGGCUGGACUGUGAUCAAUGAUCUUUUCUCCCACUGGGUUGAGGGUCUGCUUAAGCGAUGCCCCAAUCUCAAGAAGUUGGUCAUUCAUGGGGUUGUUUCUGAGGCUAAGUCUCAUGAAGAAUGCCAGAUGUUAGCCAGUUUCACCACAUCCAUGGUUGAGAUGAUGAGGAGAUACACACAUGUAGAUCCACAUUUUAAGUAUGAAUAG